AUGAAGAUGUAUAGACGAGACCGCUCUUAUCCAAAAUCUAUAUUAGGUAUUUUAGAAAUAUGUGAAAUGAUUGGUUUAAUAAUGCUUAUUUUGUUCUUGCUGUUAUUUCCAAUAUCGAUUGCAGCCAUCUUCUGGGAGUUAAAAUUAAGUACAAUAUUUGGUAAACGUUAUACAUCAAAUUCUUGGAUAGAUACACCAAACGGUAUUAGAAAAGCACAAACUGGAGCAGCCGGAGCAUCGGCAGCUUUUGGGCUUAUUGGUUCUCUGUUGUACCUCAUUGAAGCAAUAUUUCGGUUUUUAAAUGUUGGCCAAUUGAAACGACACAAACACAAUCGACGACGUGUUCAUACGAUAACAUAA